CACGACCUACGAUGAGCGACGUAAACAGGACGGAAGGAUGAGCGAUUCCCAUGCAACAUAUAUCCACAUGAACCAGCCAUGGAUCGUGGACCACCUCGAUGAAUGGCUGCAACAGAAAUUACCAGUGGAGGACAUCUGGGUUCCUCCGGAGCAUCAGCCAAUGAACCCAGAGGACGAAGAUGAAGUUCCCGACCAGCAUGCUGCUGCAGGACUCCUUCGUGCUCAGAAACCACCAGAGCCGGCAUGGAGGGACUUGGGUCUGCGUGAGAUGGCAGCACGAGGCCCGAAACAAGGUGAGGAUGUGAAGAAAGUGGAGAGUCUGCGGAAGAAGAUACCUUUACCGCGGUAAUGACAGGUGCAGGACCGCGAUGUACGAUACAACGAAGGGACGAAGGCGUUAUUGGUGGCGUAAAUGCCCUUGAUUGAAACCCAAUAUAAAUGCACAAUUGAUAAACGCCGUACCCAUGCCUAAGAACCGUAUACUGCCAAAAACUGGCCAGCAUUCAACCGCCUGCAGCUGUCCUAGUUUGUUAUCUGAACAUCCUCCUCCCUCGGCUUGAUGCUUGCGGCAUUACCAAUCUAUCCGCCUUGUAUCUUCUGUAUGCCUCUCUCAGACUAUCAGGACUCAACGGUCCCGUACCCUCUCCUCGAAUCUGCAGCGCAAGCUCCACAAUUUCGCCCACAAACACCUUUGAGAAACCACCAAUAACGAUGGCGACAUUAGGU